GGUUGGAGAGUAGUUUCCUCCUCGCCAUGGAGGAAGUCUAUAUAAAUGCAGGUAUACUGGUGUCCGGGGGAGAAAUGAUACACGCGUGGACACUGGAGGCAGUUGCAAUAUGGCUGUCCCCUGUGAGACCCACGGGCGCCCACUGCGGAAUCUGCCGGACAAGAGACAUAUGCGACUUCUUCUCCCCGACUUGGAGGAUGUGGCGGCCACCAACCCAAGCGAGGUUCAAGAGUGCGGCAGUUACGUGGACUGGCUUUUCAACCUAGCCAACGUGACGGGCCUCGUCGAUCCGCAAGUGUCCACUCCCAUGGCCGACAGUGGCAGCGUCUCGGUGUUACCGUCCAUCUGUGCACCGCCCUCGCCGGACAUGUCCCUGCGGGCGUCCCAUGCCUCUGACAGCGCAGCUGCUUUGCCCACUCCGGUGUCGGUGUCGAACAUUCCUGCUGGGCCUGUGGAGAGCUGCGCGCUCUUCGAAUCCGGAACCUUGUCGUCGCCGCUGGACGCUCCGCGGCCGUGCCCGUCCUUUUGUACCGCGGCGUGCGAGGAGUUGCAUUGUGCCGCAAGGUCCCGACUGCCUUCACCCGAUGCUCUGGUACUACGUCUGCAAACAGAGGCAGGGCGGCGACGAUGAAUCGCCGUUGCCGUCGGAUGACGUGCUAAGAUGGCUGCGAGAGCGGGCACACCGCCAAGAUCUCGGACGCAUCAUCGCCGGCGAAGAAGUCGUCUCAUGAAUGCACGCAGGUCACAUUCCUGCCUUCUGCUUGACGUGGGGACACCAAGGGAAAAAUCGUGCCGCAACAUUGAAUACGGGAUACCUGGUGCAUUAGAGGCUCCACGACUGAGCGCACAAGUCU